AUGGCAGAAAUGGAGAAAGAAGGGAGACCUCCGGAAAAUAAAAGGAGCCGGAAACCGGCUCACCCCGUGAAGAGGGAGAUCAACGAGGAGAUGAAGAACUUUGCAGAAAACACCAUGAAUGAACUCCUUGGCUGGUAUGGCUACGAUAAAGUUGAAUUAAAAGACGGUGAAGAUAUUGAAUUCAGAAGCUACACUACUGAUGGAGAAAGCCGGCAACACAUUUCUGUUCUCAAAGAAAAUUCUUUGCCAAAACCAAAAUUACCGGAGGACAGUGUUAUUUCAUCUUACAAUAUAAGCACAGGCUACUCAGGCCUUGCCACUGGGAAUGGACUCAGUGACUCACCUGCAGGGUCAAAGGACCAUGGCAAUGUGCCUAUUAUUGUCCCUUUAAUCCCACCGCCUUUCAUAAAGCCGCCAGCAGAAGAUGAUGUGUCAAAUGUACAAAUAAUGUGUGCCUGGUGCCAGAAAGUGGGGAUCAAGCGCUAUUCCCUGAGUAUGGGAAGUGAGGUGAAAAGCUUCUGCAGCGAGAAAUGCUUUGCCGCCUGCCGAAGAGCCUACUUCAAAAGAAACAAGGCUAGAGAUGAAGAUGGACGUGCUGAAAGUUUUCCCCAGCAGCACUAUGCUAAGGAAACUCCAAGGCUUGCCUUCAAGAAUAACUGCGAACUACUUGUGUGUGACUGGUGUAAACACAUAAGGCACACAAAAGAAUACCUGGAUUUUGGGGACGGGGAAAGAAGGCUUCAGUUCUGCAGUGCAAAAUGUCUCAAUCAAUACAAAAUGGACAUUUUCUACAAAGAGACACAGGCCAAUCUUCCAGCUGGGCUGUGCGGCACGUUACACCCUCACAUGGAGAGUAAAGCAGAAGGCACCGGGGUGCAGCUGCUCACUCCAGACUCUUGGAAUAUCCCGCUAACAGAUGCUCGGAGGAAAGCCCCCUCCCCCGUGGCUGCAGCUGGCCAAAGCCAGGGCCCUGGCCCAUCCUCAUCCACCACCGUUUCUCCAUCUGACACUGCCAACUGCUCUGUCACUAAAAUCCCCACGCCAGUGCCCAAGUCCCUCCCCAUCAGCGAGACUCCAAGCAUCCCUCCUGUCUCAGUCCAGCCACCUGCUAGCAUCGGACCUCCGCUGGGUGUCCCUCCUCGCAGUCCUCCCAUGGUGAUGACCAACCGCGGCCCAGUGCCCCUGCCCAUCUUCAUGGAGCAGCAGAUCAUCCAGCAGAUCCGUCCGCCCUUCAUCCGCGGGCCACCGCACCACGCCUCCAACCCCAAUAGCCCCUUGUCCAACCCCAUGCUCCCGGGCAUUGGGCCCCCGCCCGGUGCCCCCAGGAACCUAGGCCCCACUUCCAGCCCCAUGCACCGGCCUAUGCUAUCGCCCCACAUCCACCCACCAAGUACCCCUACCAUGCCUGGGAACCCCCCAGGGCUGCUGCCCCCGCCGCCCCCGGGCGCGCCCUUGCCCAGCCUUCCCUUCCCUCCGGUAAGCAUGAUGCCAAACGGCCCGAUGCCGGUUCCCCAGAUGAUGAACUUCGGGCUGCCAUCGCUGGCCCCGCUGGUGCCGCCCCCCACGCUGCUCGUGCCGUACCCAGUGAUCGUGCCCCUGCCGGUGCCCAUCCCUAUCCCGAUCCCCAUUCCCCACGUGAACGAUUCCAAGCCCCCGAACGGAUUUUCUAGCAAUGGGGAGAGCUUCGUUCCGAGCGCCCCGGGCGACUCCUCGGCGACGGGAGGCAAGACUGGUGGACGCUCCCUGUCCCCGCGGGACUCCAAGCAGGGCUCUUCCAAGUCGGCCGACUCGCCGCCCGGAAGCUCCGGCCAGGCUCUGAGCCUGGCGCCCGCGGAGCGCGGUCGUGGGGAGGUGGUGGACCUGACCCGGCGCGCGGGCAGCCCCGCGGGCGCGGGAGGCCAGCCGGGCUUCGCGGGUGUGCUGCACGGCCCGCAGGACGGUGUCAUCGACCUGACCGUGGGCCACCGAGCCCGGCUGCACAACGUGAUCCACCGCGCGCUGCACGCUCACGUCAAGGCGGAGCGCGAGCCGGGAGCCGCGGAGCGCAGGACCUGCGGCGGCUGCAGGGACGGCCACUGCAGCCCGCCCGCCGCCGGCGACCCGGGCCCCGGCGCCCCCGCGGGCCCCGAGGCUGCCGCUGCCUGCAACGUCAUCGUGAACGGCACCCGGAGCGCCCCGGCCGAGGCCAAGGGCGCGGAGCCCCCGCCCGAGCAGCCGCCGCCCGCCCCUCCCAAAAAACUACUGUCGCCCGAGGAGCCCGCGGUGAACGAGCUGGAGUCAGUCAAGGAGAACAACUGCGCUUCCAACUGCCACCUUGACGGGGAGGCGACCAAAAAACUGAUGGGGGAGGAAGCCCUGGCAGGGGGCGACAAGUCGGACCCGAACCUCAAUAACCCCGCGGACGAGGACCACGCCUAUGCUCUGCGGAUGCUGCCCAAGACCGGCUGCGUGAUCCAGCCUGUGCCAAAACCCGCGGAGAAGGUUGCCAUGACGCCGUGCGUCAUCUCCUCGCCCAUGCUCAGCGCUGGCCCCGAGGACCUGGAGCCGCCGCUCAAAAGGAGGUGCCUCCGAAUUAGAAACCAGAAUAAGUAA